GGAUUUUGUCUCUGUGUGUGCGUGUAUGUGUGUGUGUAUUUAUUAGAAUACGUUUGCAUUGAAAUGGGCCGUUGUUAUUGCGACUAGAAAUUCGCUGAACAUGCUCCAAACAAGGUGUUUAAAAAGUGAAAGACAUAAUCCGUGAACCAUUAAGGAGCCUUGAGUGAAAAAUAACGUUUCCCAAUAUCAAAACGCUUAUUAUUAUACUUAUUUUCACUGUUGCGACCGCUAAUAAUAAUAAUAACAAUGCAGCAGCAUAAUUCGAUUCUGGUGGGGUCGCCGUGUGGCCAGCAUGGGCCGUACACGUUCUACAAGGCGUUCAAAUAUUCGAAAAACGGUGUAAAUCGUGUUGUGAGGUUAAGUGAGUUUUUCUUUGUUAAACUUUGGUCCGAUUCGGAUCUAGUGUGCAUAGGCGAGUUGCAAUUGUUGUGGAUAGACAAAAACAGUGAACAAAUUUUGGCAAGUUUGCGAUUGUAUUUCCUUCCGGAAAACACACCUGAAGGUCGGAUGGAUCACGGCGAGGUAAGAAGUAGUAUUUAUUCGAUUAUUAUUCUCUCUCUCUCUCUCCUGCCUUUUCUAACGCACGUCCGCGUGCUUGAAUAGCGUCUCGCUCUUUUUCGUUUAUCCCUUCUCCCCACUAAUUUGCUCCGCUCUCGUCGUUUAUUCUAUUUUCUUGCUCGUACACACACAGGCGCAAACGUACACGAUUGUAUACAUGCAUUUAUUCGCUCGUGGUUUGUAUGUGUUUGUGAAAGCUACAAAAUGGAUUUGAUUAGAACUCUUUAUAGAAACAAUUUUUAAACAGAUAAUCAUGUAGUACCU